AUGCAUAAAUCGCUACAACUAUCGCAAGAAGUUUCGGAAGCUGAAAGCAAUACAACAUCUCCGUCAAUACCCGACAGCCAAACUUCGACAACAAACCACCCUCAAUCGCCAAAGCCACCUUCCGCUGAGACAAUCAUAUCAACUCUACCUGGCGUCAAACUGCCCAAAACGCCAGCCCAGUGGUUAGAGGCCAACAUCUUCUUCCAGCUACUGCUCAAAUACCUUCCGGGUUAUGAUAACCUCAAUGAAUUUACUAACGCUUUUCAAUCCAUGAUUUAUAAAUACUUCGCUCAGAACUAUGGAACUGUUAAUCUUCACAAUGAUCAACCCACCAACACAAAUAAAUCCGUUAAAGGACUGAAAAAACAACUUAAACAUCUAAAAGUUCUGGGUCAUAAUAAUCACAAUUUCGACAAACAAAUCAUCAACACCAGAAAAACUCUUCGCUCUAAGAUAUUAUCAUUAAAACUUUCAAAACGUGAAGAAAAAUAUCAACAAUCUCUACUCAAUUAA